CGUACAAAAUAACGACGUGUGGAUAAGAGUCCCUCCUCGGAUAGUCCCAACGGGCUUCCUUUUCUGGCUCACACACUGAGAAAUCCAGGACUCUGCGAAAACCCAAGUGAAAAAUGGAGGUGGGUUUGUCUCUAAACGCAGCGGUUCGGCUUCCGUUGUCAAGCUCGAGGACCCACGAAGAUGGUCUGGUCAGGCACUCAUUGGUUUCCACAAAGACGACGACUCAGAAAGCGGCUGAGCAAAGGCAGGUCCGCCGCGCGCUGGUGGUUGAAUCAAAGGGCAAAAGGGGAAUGAUGGCCCGCCAGUUUCAACCCAAGAAGCCUCCGCCUCCUGCCAUGCCCAAGAUUGAAGACGACGGCAACCCUCGUUUCGUCGUCUUUAUCCGAAUGGCCAAUGUUUACCUAUGGUACCCACUUAGUGUGAUAUCAGGUGGUACAACGGCUAAAAUCAUGAUUGCCGCAAAAGAUAACUUUCUGGGGAAAUAUAUAUACAAAGAUACACUUGCUAGAAAUCUUGCUGCAGUUAUUUACAGAGAUGAGAAGGAAAUACAGAAGACAGCAUUUAAGCAGUACCGAGUUUUGCGGUCAGCUACUGAUUUUAGAUAUGGCUACAAAAUUGUCGAAAACGGUAAUAUGAGAGCAGCACUUUCUACCUCGGAUGUAAUUGAGCUACCAACAAAAGACAAGCUCAAAACCACAUUUGACAAAGUGAAGGAUUUUUUUGGGGAUGCAAAGGAAUCUUUUGGCAAGCUGACAACACUAAACUUAUCCGAGUCUGAAGAAUCAGAAGGAAAAACCGAAGAACAGGGAAAGGUAAAGAGCUGAAGGUGGCAGAGGCAUUUGCUUGAUAUGGUGCAGAGGCCACAGACUCUUUGAGAGUUAAUGCUCACUCCGCUGCAUGCUCCUUUCACGAAAGGUCGUUUAGGAUUCUACACAGGGUUUUGGUCAUAGAUCUCUAUGUCAAUUAAACAGAAUUAUGUCUUUGCCAGUAUACAUUUAUUUAGCCUAUUCCACACUUAUAUCUGGCAUUCUUAAGUAAACGUACUCGCAACAAGUUGGUUCUUUGGAAAUUCGCGCUGAUACACGUAAAAGAACCUAAUUGCGGGCUAAACCGGAUAUUAAGAUGCAAGUGGUAGAUUGCCCUAAUGGAUAUUGUCUUCCUUUCUAAUUUACUUUGGGUUCAAACUCUCCCCUUUUCCUUAAUGUAGUUUAGUACAUAGUAUUGUUUGUAAUAAAAGAGCACUUAAAUGUUAAAUGAUCCUUGUGUUUUA